GGGGAUCGAUUGCUCAGGUCUGGCUGAAGGGAAAUGGAAGUCUGCAGACGGGGAUAAGAGAUUGAACGCUGAAUGUGGAACUUUGUUUUGUCUAUGAGGAAAUACUUAGUGGGAAAUGUCUCUUUGGAACUUUUUUGUUUGUUACCUUUCAUGCGCAAACCGUUAAUGGGACAAAGAACUUGUAAGUUAGAUCCCUAUCAGAUUUCAGUAUUGAUUUGAUCAGAUGAGCAACCUCAGUCAGUGCAGUGAACAGAUCGACAACAGCCUCCAUUCCCGAGCUGCCUCUCCUCAGCCCAUGACUGCUGCACUACAGCAUGUAGACAGCAGUUCUUUCUCCUGGAGCUUUUGCAAAUGAAAAUGGAGGACGUGUCUCUGUCCAGUAUGGACAACAGUAAGAUGGAGGGCUUUGCUCAAGAGAUCCUGUCUGACCUGGUGGAGGACGCCUGUUUGGGUCUUUGUUUUGAAGUUCACAGGGCUGUCAAACAGGGAUACUUUUUCCUGGACGAUACAGACCAAGAGAGUAUGAAAGACUUUGAAAUUGUGGACCAGCCUGGAGUAGACAUUUUUGGGCAAGUGUACAACCAGUGGAAAAACAAAGAGUGCGUUUGUCCCAACUGCAGCCGCAGCAUCGCUGCCUCACGAUUUGCUCCUCAUCUGGAGAAAUGCCUUGGCAUGGGCCGCAACAGCAGUCGUAUUGCCAACCGCAGAAUUGCGAGUGGCAACAACACGAACAAAUCGGAGAGCGAUCAGGAGGACAAUGAUGAUGUCAACGACAAUGACUGGUCUUAUGGGGCAGAAAAGAAAGCCAAGAAGAGAAAGUCAGAUAAGGUAUUUUUACAUUCUUUGAAACAGCCUGUACACUUGAAUCCAAAUUCACCAAGAAGAUCCAAAUCCAUGAAACAUAAAAAUGGUAGACUGAACCGAAGAGAUGAACCGGAGAAGAUUUCCACGUCAAAGAAAGCAGAGUCUCAGAACACACCUCUAAUCACCACGGGUCAGUGGUAGUUCGAAGGUGUUAACCAGCGGGAACAAACUUUUCUGGAAAGUGUUCUUUGCCAUUAAUUUUGGCCUGAUUUUCUUUGAGAUUACAUAAUACCUCUUCGUUAUUGGAUAUUUGCUUGAAGUUUAUCGGGGCUUUCAGGGGCCAUUCACAAUAGAACGUGUUUGUGAGUUGAAAAGCAGGUGGUGUAAGGGUGAAAAAAAAGUUUUUUGAGUAAGCACUUUACCUUGAGCAUCACAGAUUUAAAAUGCUAUGUCAAGCAUGUGACAAUGCAAACGGCGCAACGCUCAAACACAUCCACCUAGUGCAUGUUUACUUAAACUAGCAAUGUAAUUGCAGUGUGUACUGUGUGAACGGCCCCCUUUUGGUGCAUUUCAGAUGUUCAAGGUCAAUUUUGAAGCUUUACGUGUUGGUAUAAACAUGUUGUAAGCUAGGGCUGCACAGUAUAUUGAAAUGAGAUCAAAAUAGCCAUGUGGCUUAGUGCAGUUCUCAACUGUGCAUGCUACACUGUAAAGGAACACUCCACUUUAUUUGGAAAUAGCCUUACUUUACUUAGUUUAACUCCUCUGGAAUUAUUGCUAGUCCCUUCUGUAGUUACAUUGUGUACUAAGACUGACAGAAAAUGAAAUGCUCUUUUCUAGCUUGAUAUGACUAGGAACUAUAGUCUUAUUUUUAGCGUAAUAAUGGGAACUAUUUUCAACCAAUGCAUUGUACUAUUACACCAGCUGCUGCUAAAAUUAGUCAGCAAAGUUCCUUGAUCAUUACCCUGGAGUAUAGUUCCUAGCCAUAUUGACCUAGAACUAGCAACUUUCAUUUUCCUUCAAUCUUGGUACACAAUGUAACUACAGAGAAGUCAAGCUUUAAAUAGGGAAUUUAGUUAUAAGGUAAUUUGAGCAAAAUGCUAAUGGUCUAAUCCGAUUUAAUGACCUAUGCUAAGCUAAGCUAAAAGUGCUCAGACACAUCUGGAGAUCGGCUAAAUGGAUUCAAAAAUAGUAAAACAACUGUUUAACACUUGGUGAAUUGUAAAAUGAGCCUGUUUCCAAAAAACAGUGAGUGUUCAUAUAAUUACACAUACACUGAUGAGACAAAACUUAAUGAUAGGUCAUCAUAGGUUUAGAGAAUAUCGUAGACCAUCUCCAAGUCUACGCAAGUAAAUAAUUUAGUAAUUGAAGUAUAGGUUGCAGAAUAUAUAGGCAGGAUAAAAACAAUCUGAGCAUCUAAAGAGAAAGUUGUUAUUGCAUGGCAACAGAGACUAUAGACACAAAGCCAGAGCUUUCCCUAUCAUCAUCAUCAUCAUCUCAAGAACUGCUAAAACCAACUCCUACCGAUGUAGUAUACAUGCCAGACCAGUAUGUGCCUGGGAAGAUGGAUCAUGUGUGUAAACAUUACAGUUCAGUUCAGCAUUUUUGCUGAUGCUGUUAAGCUUUGUAGCAAUAAGUGACUAAGGCCCAGAUGACGUCAUUUCAGAAAAAUUACAGAUUGGCUAAACACGAAGACGCAGAGAUGUUGUUUUUAGAUUAAAAAAAAAAGUAUUUUAAGGCUUCUAAGGCACUGGAUCCAUCUGGACAAACCACGGAUACAAUUCAAUCUUUGUACUUAUGAAGCUAAACGCAUCUCAAAGUGCUUGGGAAAUGAGUGUGAGUAACUCUAAGUUACUCUACACGGUUUGUGGUUAGCAAUUCACCAUUAGGGUUCCAAGGAGGGACCAACCAAAAACUGACGACACCCAAAACUCUCUGAUAUACAAAUGCAAUUAUGGGAAUUCCACCUAGUCCAAACCAACUGUAUGUGUACGGUGACACAAAUCACACAGUAUUUUAAUAUUUGCGCAUCAUACUUUACAGCAUAUGGGGCUGUAUAGUCUGAGUUCCUGUCCAACGUUACAAGAACCUACAAUAGGCAUGUGAGUGUGGACCCCUUGAAGAACACAACAAGCUGUCUGGAAACCCUCUUUUCUUUAAAAUUUCUUCGACCCCAUCAUAAUACUAAUGUUCCUGGUGGAAAUUGCCUCUUUCGGCACGAUAAUGCCCGCUGCCAAUCUGCACAUGUUGUCUAGGAAUGAUCUGAAGAACUUGCUGGAAAGUUCAAGAUGUUUAUUGAACUCCAGUUUCCCCAGAUCUAUCUCCAGUUGAGUUGAUUAACAUAUUCAAUAUUCAAUCUAUGGUGGCUUCACAACAGGGGGAUCUUGUGGAGUCCGUAUUGCAUUGGGUUGGUGCCGUUUUACCAGCACAGCGAGAACCACACAUUUAUUAGGCAUGUGUUCCUGAUAUUUUGACUCAUCAGUGUAUGUGCAUUGUUUUCACAGUGAACUGCGUUAUUUCUGUAUAUAUAUAUAUAUACACAGUGGUUCUGAUUCUCGGAUUGGCUUGGGUAAAUUGCGUUAUCUGUGACCUGCAUGAAAAUAAGUGACUACAUCGUGCCUUUACUCUGAAACUAAAAAUAUCGCAAUGCAAUUUAUUCCUCCAGUAUUGUGCAACCCUAUUCUUAGCGAUUACUGUUGUGUUAAAGGGAUAGUUCACCCAACAAUGAAAAUUACCACAUUGUUUAUUCUCUCUCAUCUGGUUUUAAACCUAAGUUUCUUUCUUAUGUUGAAUGAAAAAUAAGAUAUUUUGAAAACUGCUGGUACCCAUGGCACUCAUUGACUUCGAUAGCAGGAUCAAAUUUACUGUGGAGUUGAAGUGUCGGCGACCUGCAUUCUUCAUAAUAAUAUAUUUCAACAAAAACAAAUAGGUUUGUAACAAAUGAAAUGUGAGUAAAUGACACAAUUUUCAUUUUGGGGUGAAGAAUUCCUUUAAAGGAACACUUUUUUGGAAAUAGGCUCAUUUUAUAAGUCAACUAGAGUAAAAUGGUUGCAUUUCCCCAUUGUUUUAAAUUCAUUCAGACGAUCUACAGGUCUGGCGAGAGCACUUUUAGCUUAUCUUAAGCAUAGAUGAUUGAGUCAGAUUAGACUAUUAGCACCUCGCUUAAAUUUCAGAAAAGAAGCUUUGAUAAUUUUCCUAUUCAAAGCUUGACUUGUUUGUAGUUACAUCAUGUACUAAGACUGACGGUAAAUCAAAGUUGCUAUUUUCAAGAUCGAUUAGGAUCAGAACUUCUGAUUCCAGAGUAAUAAUCAAGGAACUUUACUGCUGUACCAUGGCUGCAACCGCCACCAUGACAUUACACACUUCUGUUACCUACUUACCUAGCUGGGCACUAAUUUCAGGUACUGCGUUAUGGUAUUGCUCCUGCUGCAGCCAUGGUACAGCAGCAAAGUUCCUUGAUUCUUACGCUGGAAUGAGAAUAUAGUCCUAAGCUAUAUCUGCUUAGAAAACAGCAACUUUCCUUGACCAUCAGUCUUAGUAGGUGAUUUAACUGCAGAAGACUCGAGCUUUAAAUAGGUGAAACUUUUUUGAGUGAAAUGCUGACGGUCGAUAUAAUGUUUUAUGCUAAGCUAAGCUAAAAGUGCUCCCGGCAGACCCAGAGAUUGUCUAAAUGACUUCAGAAAUGGUAAAACUCAACUGUUUAACUCUAGGGGUGUAAUAAAAACAAAAUUAAAUCGGUUUGUAACAAAUGAAAUGUGAGUAAAUGACAGAAUUUUCAUUUUUGGGUGAAGAAUUCUUUUAAAGGAACACUUUUUUUUUUUGGAAAUAGGCUCAUUUUCUAAGUCACCCAGAGUUAAACAGCUGAGUUUUGCUAUUUUUGCUAUUAUCCAUUCAGACGAUCUACCGAAGACUCGAGCUUUAAAUAGGUAACUUAUCAAAACUUUUUUUGAGUGAGAUGCUAACGGUCUAAUCUGAUUCAGUAUUUUAUGCUAAGCUAAGCUAAAGUGCUCCUGCCAGACCCAGAAAUUGUCUGAGUGGCUUCAAAAAUAUUUAAACACAACCGUUUAACUUUAGGGGUGUGGUAAAACUACCUCAUUUCCAAAAAAAAAAGUGGAGUGUCCCUUUAACUGCUGUUUAGUUAUUGACAAAAGUAGAAGACGUAAUGAACUGCCUGAUGAAUUUUUGUUGUAUUGAAGCUUUGCUGGGUCCUAAGCAACAUGUGGAGAACCAGGACAGUUCCUGCGUGUUGCUAAGAGACGAGACAUUCUCUCAGUAACACUUUGGGUAGCAGACAUCACUCACUACCCACAGUGCCACAUGGUUUACUUUAUCACAGGGUUAUGAGAACAGAAUUAUGCUGAUCUGUGGAGACGUGGACUAACUCUUCUGUAAUUCAGUUUACAUUAGUUUCUUUUUAAUCAUCUUCAGAAAUGUUUGCACAAUCUCUCAUAUCUUACUCAUGCAGCUUUGAUGGCUGGUUUCUGAAAAUAAUGACACUUCUAGGAUAGAGGAACUUGCAUGAUGCUCACGAUGCUCAGGGAGGGAGUUAAAACUCUUCAUCAUAUCGUAGACGCUGGGCCAGUUGAGCACUCCCAUGACUAAGGUGCAGGAUUUUUUUAUUUUCCUUUCUGAAUAAUGCAUUCUUAUAUUUAAUCUCUCAUUCUGGGGGGAUUUUGGAAAUGAAAUUGUUGAAGAUUAAUAUCAAAGAAUCAAGAAAAUAAAUGUAAUGUGUGAACAGUUACCCAUCAGGAAAUUACAGAGAAUCAUGAUCCAGUAUUUUCUUUUUUCUUUCUGUAGUUCGAUAGCCAAAGUGUGGUACAGUUGUACUAUAUUAUGUCACUAGUUCUAUAGCAAAUGAUCAUACUACAUUUUUUUUUUCAAUACUAAUUUAUUGGACACAAUGAGAACAAAGCGUGGCAUAGAUCUCCAAAAAGAAUGAAUUAAUUGUUUUUUAUUAUUAUUAUUGUUAUUAUUCUUUUUUUUAUGUAUUAGAUGUUUACAGUCUAAGAUGUCUUGUGCAGUCUCACUUUGUUUGUAACUGUGUGUACAUAUAUAAAUAUAUGACUAGGUGAAAGUUGCUGCUAUCCUGACCAUGAGCCAUAUGCUUAUGGCAAUGUCAUCUAUGUAAUAAAAAAUCUCUGAACCUGCA